AUGCCGAACAUGUAUACCAACGGUAAACACACUAGCUCUAUACUUGAAAGUGUUGCUAGAUCACCCUAUCUUAACCAAGGAACUGCUGCGUCUCAUUCCGUGCGUAAAUCGCUCAAAGUUUCUGGUCAUCUUCCAGCGGCUGUCGAAUCGCUUGAUCAGCAGAAACGGCUUGCAAUGCAACAAUUACGUUCAAAAUCUACCGACUUGGAGAAAUAUAUGUUCUUGGCUUGGCUACGAAAUACCAAUAUCCGAUUGUUUUACCGAAUUGUCAUUGAUGAACUGGAGGAAGUUACGCCAUUGAUAUACACACCAACUGUUGGCACAGCAUGUUUAGAAUACUCUCACAUCUAUCCGUUCCUUGCUCCACCUGGUGUUCCUGAUGGCCUUUAUCUUUCUAUUGAUGAUAAACCCAAUCUCACUCAAAUAAUUAAAAACUACAGACCAUAUCCCUUCGACAGUUCUCUCACCCCGCAAAUCACCGUGAUUACCGAUGGAUCGAGAAUUUUGGGAUUGGGAGACUUGGGUGUUAAUGGUAUGGGUAUUCCGAUAGGAAAGUUGCAACUCUAUGUUGCUGGAGCAGGAAUAGAUCCACGACUUUAUCCUGAUAUCCUAAUUCAAUUCGAAGAUUUUUCCUCAGAGCAUGCAUUCAGUCUUUUAAGCAAAUAUCGAGAAAACACAUUCUGUUUUAAUGACGAUAUUCAGGGUACAGGUGCUGUUAUUUUGUCUGGCUUCAUUAACGCCGUACGAUUGGUGGAAAAAGAUGUUCCACCCACGCAGCAUCGAUUAUUAUUCUUCGGUGCUGGUUCCGCUGCAGUUGGCGUGGCCAGGCAAUUGUUGGAAUUCUUUAAGAUAGAGCACGGAAUGUCGGAAGAAGAAGCAAAGAAAUUAGUAUGGUUGGUGGACACCAAGGGUCUCGUAACACGGGAUCGAGGCGACAAAUUGGCAGAUCACAAGGUGUACUUUGCCCGCUCCGACAAUGAAGGUCGACAAUACAAAACCCUAUAUGAUGUUAUCGAAUAUGUAAAACCCACUGCAUUGAUAGGUCUAUCAUCUACCGGCGGGGUAUUCAACGAACAAGUGAUAAAACGGAUGGGUGAAUUAAACAAAAAUCCUAUCAUAUUUCCGCUUUCGAAUCCCAUGGUGAACGCAGAAUGUACCUAUGAGGAUGCAAUGAGGUUGACAAAUAAUCGUGUGAUAUUUGCUUCUGGUACUGCAUUCCCGCAUUAUGUGGAACCAGACUCGGGAAGGAUACGAUAUCCGGGACAAGGAAACAACAUGUAUAUCUUUCCAGGUCUAGGUCUAGGUGCCAUCCUCGCCCGUCCGGCGAUAAUUACUGAUCGUCAAAUAUAUGCGUCUUCUUCCGCACUCGCUACCGCAUUGACCGAAGAGGAAGUCUCUCAGGACCUCAUGUACCCCGUGGUGCAACGAAUUCGCCACGUAAGCGCUGAAGUUGCUGCCGCAGUAAUUGUGGAAGCUGUCGAUGAAGGAUUAGCACGUAACCCUGAGGUGGUCUCGAUGGUGAAGCGUGAUUGUGGAGAGUUGAAAACCCGUCGAGGAAAGAAGUGGGAGUCGUUGGUCGAAUACGUGGAGGAACAUAUGUGGGAUCCUAAUAAUGAAAAAUUUUUUGAACUCAAUAACCUCAUCGGAAGUAAAAUUUAA